UGGUAUAACACGUGGCUAUCAGCUGAUGCGUGCGCGUUCACCAACUUUCCAGCACUGUUAACUGAUUUUGGACAUUACGUCAGUCAGAGUUUAGAUAUUGCCGGGUAUACUUACUAAUCAAGAAUAAUUUGAAAGUUCUAUUAAUGAUACAAUUUAUACAUAAAACACAGAAAACAUGACUGAUAAAACAAAAAAAGUGUCGCGGUGGUAUUUUGGUGGGCUUUCCUCUGCAGGUGCUGCUUGUGUUACUCAUCCUUUAGAUUUGUUAAAGGUGCACUUACAAACACAACAAGAAGGCAAGCUAUCUAUAGCACGAUUAACUACAUCUAUAAUACAAAAUCAGGGAAUUUUAGCUUUGUACAAUGGAUUAAGUGCUUCUCUGCUUCGUCAACUUACAUAUUCUACAAUGAGAUUUGGAGCAUAUGAAGUAGGUAAACAAACAUUUGAAACAUCUGGACAAUCAUUAUUAUUUUACCAAAAAUUAUUAUUGGCUGGAUUCUCUGGCGCAGCUGGUGGUGUUCUUGGAACACCGGGAGAUGUAAUUAAUGUACGCAUGCAAAAUGAUAUAAAACUUCCAUCACAACUAAGGCGAAAUUAUAAGCAUGCUCUAGAUGGAAUAAUACGAGUAAUUCAGCAAGAAGGAGUAAGUCAUUUAUUUAGUGGAUGCUCUACAGCAACAUUAAGAGCUGCAUUAAUGACAAUUGGACAACUGAGCUUUUAUGAUCAAGUUAAAAUUAUGUUGUUACAAAGUGGUUAUUUUAAAGAUAAUCCUAUAACUCAUGUUGUGUCAAGUGUAUGUGCAGGUGCUGUAGCUACAACUCUUACACAACCUUUGGAUGUUUUAAAAACACGAGCAAUGAAUGCUAACCCAGGAGAAUUUAAGAAUUUGAUGGAUCUAUUUUUGUAUACUGCUAAGCUUGGACCAUUUGCAUUUUUUAAAGGCUACAUACCUGCAUUUAUCAGAUUAGCUCCACAGACUAUUCUUACAUUUGUCUUGUUAGAACAAUUACGAUCUAAUUUUGGAUUCUAUCCUUCGGAUGUUCCAGUAUCAUAGAAUUCAAUUAACUGUCUUGAAUCCUGAAAUAUAAUAUUCUUCUGAAAUGUUCCAUAGGAGAAGAAAUUAGGAUAUGAAAGUAAGGAAUAAAAAAAUGAUAAAAGUGUUUGUCCUAUUUGAAAUUGUCCAGUUGCAACUAUUUUUGUACGUAUGUACAAAAUCUUACAUACAUAAUUUUUAUUAAUACUAUUAUACUAUAAUAUAUAUAUUAUAUAUACAAUGUAUAUAUUGGUAGUCUUAUACAUUAUAUAUACAAUAUAUAAUAUAUAUAAUGUAUAAGGCUACCAAACUGAUUGAUAUCAGAUUUUUUGUUUUUGCAAUUACUAAAAAUAUGCAAAUGUUUUACUUAGAUAGAAACAUAAAUACAUAUAUUACAUAUAUUACAUUAAUUUUAAUGAAGUAUAUAUAUGUAGGUGCAUAUUAAAGCUCAGUAGAUCUAGUGUCAAAAAUUGAUUUGUAUAUCUAUAUAUAUAUUGGUAAGUAUCUUGUACUAUUGUAUGUACAUCAUUCUAUUUUUAUAAUAAUUUAUUAAUUAUAACGAUCAAUUUUUUUUAAUAAAAAUAUAUAUGCUGAAAUUUUGUGAUAAAGAUAAACAAAUUCAAAUAGGACAAAUAUUAUUUUUAUAUGUUGAGUUUAUUGUUACAUUUAUGCCUAAGUUUUAUGAAAUAUCUUUGGUAAGUAUUUCACACUAUUACAAUCUUAAUUUUCAAUAGUAUAUAAACUGUAUUUAUACAAAUAUUAGGUGAUACUAAUUUUUGUUAUUCCAAUAAUGAUAUUUAAAAAAAGAUAAGUAUGAUAUUUCCUGAUUAAAUGAUACUAUAGGCAUUCAGAAAUUAGAUAAUCAGAUAAAACAAAUAUAUAUUUAUUAAAAAUGAUUUGAACCUUCUUGCACUUAUUUUCACAAAACUUAGCCAAUUUUUGUUUUCAAAAAUAAAUAAACUUGUUCUAUAUAUGUGUACUACAUACCAUGUGUCUAACACAUAUUCAAAAUAAUUAAUAUAAUCAGGAUAUUGUAAUAUUCAUAUCAUAAGGAAUAUUGUAAUUGUAUUACUAAUUUAAAAAACUAUAUAAUUAUAGUUAUUAUCUUAUUUUAAAUUGGAUACAUAACAAUCUUCUGAUAUAUAAAAACAUUCUAUAAAAAUAUGAUUAUAAUUAUGUAUUGGGGUAUACACAAACUUUUAUAUAUAU